AUGGGUAACUCCAGAAGACCCGGACGGGGUGGCGGAGGCCAGGGGAAUAAUAAUCGAGCCAGCAGCAAGCCGCCGUUGACGCACUUUCUCUGCAUACCCCUGAUAAACGAACAGUCGAUAUACCAGCUUCAAAGCUCACUUGCUAAAUUCAAAUCGUUAAUUCCACUUGUCCCUCCUUCUGGCCCAGCGGCAGGCCAUGCGCCUGACGCACCACUCGUGCCGUAUGGAGCUCUGCGGCCGCUCGGAACGCUGCAUUUCACGCUGGGGGUUAUGAGUCUAACCAGUCAAGAACGGCUGGAUGAAACGCUGUCUUUUUUCCGUUCGCUUGAUCUGGCCUCCAUAAUGCAAGAGGUGGAGGAAGAAGCAAAGUCCAAAGACGAGAGUGAUGCAAAGGGACCCCUAUCAAUUGAUUUGGUAUCGCUGCAUGCCAUUCCAAGGACCCGGGCAGCUACUGUUCUACAUGCUUCGCCAUUGGAUACCUCAGGCCGGCUGUAUCCGUUUUGCGUGAAGUUGCGAGAUAGGUUUAUUGAAGCCGGAUUCAUGCAUCGGGACAUGGUUAAGGCCAAACCUCGUAAUAAGGUGGUUCCAGGUGAAAGCUCCAAGGACAACGAGGGCUCAGAUGAAAACGGAGACCAAGGGGAGGAGGAGGAAGAUGCCAGUGCAUCGACUACACCAGCUGUGAACCCAAUUGUUCCAGAAUUCAAACCGCGCCCAUUGCUUCUUCAUGCAACCAUCGCCAAUACCAUUUACCUUGGAAAACGAAAGCCAGCCUCCCAACAGGGUGGCAAAGGUCAAAGGGGUAAAGACAAGUCAUUAGUGAAAUUUGAUGCAACUGAGUUACUAGAGAAGUUUGCAGGAAGUCGGCAUAGACAGCACACUGCCGGUUCCAAGGACGUCAAGGGCAAAGAUGCUGAAGUUGAGCGUGAGCCGUUCAUAUGGGCUAAGGGGAUUCCAAUUGAUAGGAUAUGUAUUUGCGAGAUGGGCGCGAAGCCAGUAUCCCAUGAUGAGGCCAAGGGUGGCCCAGUACUCGGACAGGAAUAUAGAAUAGUCCAUCAGCGUCGGCUUGAUUGA